ACACAUUAACCGACGGUGAUCAAAAGUCCAGGCUGUAGACUGUGGGAGUUUUAUUUUAUUUUUUUAAACAAAUUAGCCUUUUAUAUUGCACGAACUGCAGGUUGAGGUGAUGUUGAUGAGUGUAUUCAGGUGCCUUAGGACCAACCCUGUUGCAGGCCUCAGGAGCAUGUCUCAAAGCAGCCUUGCUGGAAAGGUGGCCAUCGUCACUGCCUCCACAGAUGGAAUUGGUCUGGCCGUAGCUCAGGGGCUGGGAAAGAGAGGCGCUCAUGUGGUGGUGAGCAGCCGGCGGCAGGCCAACGUGGACAAAGCUGUGAAGCUGCUGCAGAGCCAGAGCAUCCAGGUGACCGGGACCACCUGUCAUGUUGGCAACAGGGAAGACCGAGAGAAACUGGUUCAAACG